AUGAGGGUCGCAACGAGCCGGCGCGCGCGCACGCUAGUGCUUUUAAUAUUAGCAGCUAUUUCACAGUGUCUCUGCGAUCCAGAAGUUUAUUACGAGAAACAACGCUACGAUGGCUGGUUCAACAACAGAGCGUAUCCAGACUGGGGAUCUGUUAGCAGUCGACUCACGCGCAAGACGCCUGCAUCCUACGCAGAUGGAGUGUACAUGAUGGCAGGGACCGACAGGCCCGGGGCUCGAGCACUGUCCAAGCUGUUCAUGAGAGGACAGGAUGGAUUACCCUCCCUUGCCAAUCGAACUGCUCUUUUAGCUUUUUUUGGUCAAGUAGUUACGGGAGAAAUUGUAAUGGCAUCAGAGUCGGGGUGUCCAAUAGAGCAGCAUCGAAUCCCAGUGGAGAAAUGUGACCACAUGUAUGAUCCAGGGUGUGAUGGAGCCAAACAUAUGCCGUUUCAUAGAGCAGCGUACGAUAGGGCUACAGGCCAAAGCCCUAACAGUCCAAGAGAACAGAUAAACCAGAUAACAUCGUGGAUUGACGGCAGCUUCGUGUACAGCACCAGUGAGGCCUGGGUGAAUGCAAUGAGGUCAUUUCAGAACGGAAGCCUGGCGAGUGAAGGUGGUUUGCCGUUGCGCAACAAGAAGCGGGUGCCCCUCUUCAAUAACCCCGUUCCGCACUACAUGAAGAUGCUUAGCGCUGAAAGAUUGUUUCUGUUAGGAGAUCCGAGGACAAAUCAGAACCCAGCGAUGGUAACCUUCGGAAUACUCUUAAUGCGAUGGCAUAACGUAGUAGCAGCUAGAAUUCACAAGCAACAUCCUGAUUGGACUGACGAACAACUCUUUCAACGAGCUAGACGCAUUGUGAUCGCGAGUUUGCAGAACAUAAUUCUCUACGAAUACGUACCCGCAUUUCUUGGUGUUCCGAUCCCCGCUUACCAAGGAUACCGAGCAGAUGUUGCACCCGGAAUCACUCACGCGUUCGCGGUGGCCGCCUUCCGCUUCGGCCAUACCCUUGUUCCACCGGCCAUUCUUUUGAGAGACAGAAACUGUAGAUAUGGCAGAGCUCCAGGCGGUCAUGAUGCUAUACGGCUAUGUCAGACCUGGUGGGAUGGAAACGACUUAAUGUCUCAAGUUCCAAUAGAGGAGGUUCUCAUGGGAAUGGCGUCUCAGUUAUCGGAAAGAGAAGAUGCGCUUCUCUGCUCUGACGUUAGAGACAAUUUAUUUGGACCAAUGGAAUUUUCUAGAAGAGAUCUUGGAGCUCUCAACAUCAUGAGGGGACGGGAUAACGGCCUACCUGAUUACAAUACGGCAAGAACAUAUUUUGGAUUACCAAAAAUGAAGACGUUCAACGAAAUAAACCCAAAAUUAUUUGAAGAAAACCCAGAUUUACUGCAAAAGCUAGUUCAAGUUUAUAAUGGAAGAUUGGACAAUAUCGAUGUAUAUAUAGGUGGAAUGCUAGAAUCAACAGGUCAUCCGGGAGAAUUGUUUCGGGCGAUAAUUAUUGACCAAUUCACAAGACUAAGAGAUGGGGAUAGAUUCUGGUUCGAAAAUGACGUUAAUAGCAUAUUUACUCGACAAGAGAUCGAGGAACUGCGUCACAUUUCCCUUUGGGACAUUAUAGUGAAUAGUACCGCGGUUGGUCCCGGAGACAUACAACGGGACGUGUUCCAUUGGAGCGACGGUGACCCUUGCAGACAGCCCUACCAGCUGAACGCGUCCAAACUGCCUCCUUGCAAGUACCUUAAGGGAUACGAUUAUUUCGAGGGAAACGAAUUCGCAUAUAUUUACACGUGUCUCAUAUUGGCAUUUGUACCGAUUCUUUGCGCCGGAGCGGGAUAUGGUGUAGUUAAAUUGCAAAACAGUAGAAGACGCAAAUUAAAAUUGCAGCAAGAAAACUUGAAAAAUACUCAAUGUAAAGGUGCGGUCGAUAAGAUGGUAUGUAGAGAGUGGGUUCACGCAUCCUACAAGCGGCUGGUGAAGCUUCGCCUGGGUCCUGAACCCGCUCUACACGUCACAGACCGUAAAGGGGAGAAAUUACGUACUGUGCCAUUGGACCACACCGAUCAGUUCACUGUUAUUGAAAGCCAGGAAACUCGCAAUAAACGCCCUCUAGUGUUAAUCCGAGUACCACGUGAACACGAUCUCGUAUUGGAAAUGGACUCAGUAGGGUCGAGGCGAAAAUUCCUUCUUAAACUAGACACCUUUCUCUCACAACAUAAGAAAACCUUGAGUCUCGCACAGGCCGCGCGGGAGAAUAUUCUUACAUCAGCUGAGACCCGCGAAAGGAGACAAAGGAAGUUAGAACAUUUCUUUAGAGAGGCUUAUGCCAUCACAUUUGGAAUUACACCAGGAGAAAAAAGACGAAGAAAUGAGGAUUCUGAUUCCGAAUCAAUAGUAAUGAGAACAUCUCUAUCAAAGAGCGAGUUUGCGAGCGCUCUUGGCAUGAAAGCCGACGCAGUAUUUGUAAAGAAAAUGUUCAAUAUUGUCGACAAGGACAGUGACGGAAGAAUCUCUUUCCAGGAGUUUUUAGAUACAGUAGUUCUGUUCUCCCGAGGCGCGACAGAUGACAAACUCCGUAUAAUAUUCGACAUGUGUGACAAUGAUAAAAAUGGUGUAAUCGACAAAGAGGAAUUGAGCGAAAUGUUGCGAUCUCUAGUAGAGAUAGCCAGAACCACAUCGUUAAGAGAUGAGCAUGUCACUGAGUUGAUUGAUGGAAUGUUUUCCGAUGCCGGUCUUCAGCACAAAGAACACCUUACAUAUAAUGACUUUAAGCUAAUGAUGAAGGAAUAUAAGGGAGAGUUUGUAGCUAUUGGCCUGGAUUGCAAGGGCGCCAAACAGAACUUCCUCGAUACUUCCACCAAUGUUGCCAGGAUGACCAGUUUCCAAGUAGAACCCUCUAUGGAACAGUCUAGACACUGGUUAUUAAUCAAAUGGGAAUAUCUCACAACUUUCCUCGAAGAGAACAGACAGAAUAUCUUCUAUCUAUUCAUCUUCUACGUGGUAACCAUCGGUCUCUUCGUGGAGAGGUUCGCUCACUACUCCUUCAUGUCUGAGCAUUUGGAUUUGAGACACAUAAUGGGAGUUGGAAUUGCCAUAACCCGGGGUUCGGCAGCUUCUCUUUCUUUCUGCUAUAGUCUCUUGUUGUUAACUAUGUCGAGGAAUUUGUUAACCAAAUUAAAGGAAUUUAGCAUCCAACAGUACAUUCCACUCGACUCAAGUAUCCAGUUCCAUAAAAUAGUGGCAUGCACUGCUCUGUUCUUCUCCCUCAUCCACACCGCGGGUCACAUGGUUAAUUUCUACCACGUAUCUACACAGCCCGUGGAGAACCUGCGCUGUCUCACCAAGGAAGUUCAUUUCACUUCCGACUUCCGGCCGGGAAUUACUUAUUGGGUAUUCCAGACAAUUACAGGUGUAACAGGUGUUCUGCUAUUCAUAAUAAUGUGCAUAAUAUUCGUGUUUGCACACCCCGUAGUACGCAAACGCGCGUACCCGUGGUUCUGGCGUGCACAUUCACUCUAUAUAGUUCUGUACGCACUUUGUCUAGUCCACGGUCUGGCCAGGCUUACUGGGGCACCACGAUUCUGGAUCUUCUUUAUGGGCCCUGCUAUCAUUUAUACUCUGGAUAAGGUUGUGUCAUUGCGCACCGAAUAUAUGGCGCUGGACGUACUAGAAACGGAAAUGCUACCAUCUGAUGUAAUCAAAAUAAAGUUCUAUAGACCCCCAAACCUGAAAUAUUUGUCAGGGCAAUGGGUUCGUCUGUCCUGUACUGCGUUUAAGAAGGAGGAGUAUCAUUCGUUCACACUAACAUCAGCACCACACGAGAACUUCCUUUCAUGUCACAUCAAGGCCCAAGGGCCCUGGACGUGGAAACUCAGAAACUAUUUCGAUCCUUGCAACUUUAACCCGGAACAUCAACCAAAAAUUAGAAUCCAAGGUCCCUUCGGUGGUGGUAACCAAGACUGGUACAAGUUUGAAGUGGCUGUGAUGGUUGGAGGAGGUAUAGGAGUUACUCCCUACGCCUCCAUACUCAAUGACCUGGUGUUUGGUACUUCUACUAAUAGGUAUUCUGGAGUCGCUUGUAAAAAGGUAUAUUUCCUGUGGAUCUGUCCAUCGCAUAAGCACUUCGAAUGGUUCAUAGACGUGCUGCGUGAUGUAGAACGAAAAGAUGUUACCAAUGUUCUAGAGAUACACAUUUUCAUCACACAGUUCUUCCACAAAUUCGACCUGAGGACUACUAUGCUAUAUAUCUGCGAGAACCACUUCCAGCGGCUCUCACGGACUUCUAUGUUUACGGGUUUGAAGGCGAUCAACCACUUCGGAAGACCGGACAUGUCUUCAUUUCUUAAAUUCGUACAGAAAAAACACAGCUAUGUGUCUAAGAUCGGCGUAUUCUCUUGCGGCCCACGGCCACUGACCAAGUCGGUGAUGUCGGCUUGCGAGCAAGUCAACCGCACGCGUCGUUUACCCUACUUCAUUCAUCACUUCGAGAACUUUGGAUGA